UUCAGUUUUAUUUACGCAAAGUUCAAGAUAAGUCGUAAAAAUAUGGCUCUAAAGCUAUUAAUUCUGUUCCUCACAAUUUGUCUUGCGGCUGUGAAUUGCAAAUUAUUGAGGAUCAAACUGCACCGGGAGGAGACAGUUAGGCAUCAUUUUAUCUCCGUGGAAACGGAUUUGAAGCAGUUGACCCUGAGACCCAAUCUUGGGGGUCCUGCUCCGGAGCCACUGUCCAACUACAUGGAUGCUCAGUACUUUGGGGUGAUUAGUCUGGGGACUCCGCCGCAGAGUUUCAAGGUUGUCUUCGAUACGGGCUCAUCAAAUCUCUGGGUGCCUUCAAAGAAGUGUCAUGUCACCAAUAUUGCCUGCCUUCUUCACAAUAAAUACGAUGCAACAAAGUCAUCGACCUAUAAUAAGAAUGGAACUGAAUUUGCCAUUCGCUAUGGGUCUGGAAGUCUUUCGGGAUACCUCUCGGAGGACACCCUCAAUAUUGGAGGAUUGGAUAUUAAGCAACAGGUCUUUGCGGAAGCAAUAAGUGAACCUGGAUUGGUAUUUGUGGCUGCAAAGUUUGAUGGAAUCCUCGGAUUGGGAUAUAAAUCCAUUUCGGUUGAUGGUGUAGUGCCACCAUUCUACAAUAUGUACAAUCAGGGCUUGAUCACGGAUCCUGUCUUCUCAUUCUACCUCAAUCGUGACCCCAAAGCUGCCGAAGGUGGUGAGAUUAUUUUCGGUGGAUCAGACCCAAAGCACUACAAGGGUGACUUUACCUACGUGCCUGUUGAUCGCAAGGCGUACUGGCAGAUCAAAAUGGACGGCCUAACUGUGGAUGAUAAGAAGUUCUGUGAUGGUGGAUGCGAAGCAAUUGCUGAUACGGGCACGAGUCUCAUUGCGGGGCCAACAGCAGAGAUUUCGGAGAUUAAUAAGAAGAUUGGGGCUACUCCCAUUCUCAAUGGGCAGUACAUGGUGAAUUGCGAGAGUAUCCCGAAGUUGCCAAAGCUCCAGUUCAUUCUCGGGGGAAAGGCGUUUGGGCUUGAGGGCACAGACUACGUGCUGAGAAUUGCACAGAUGGGCAAAACAAUUUGCCUUUCGGGCUUUAUGGGCAUCGACAUCCCACCACCAAAUGGACCCCUCUGGAUUCUCGGGGAUAUCUUCAUUGGGAAGUACUACACGGAAUUCGACAUGGGCAACAAUCGUGUCGGCUUUGCAGAGGCUGUUUAAACAAACAUUUUUAAUUUUAUCUGAUCAAAUAUCUUUUUUCCUGAGAGUUUUGUGAGCUUUUAAGAAUUUUCCAAAGGGUUGUAAAAGAGAAUUUCAAUAAAGAGCAUAUGCCAUUAGUGAUGA